CUGUUUGGGCCUCUGUGUAUCUAAAAUGCCAGGGCCUAUUUUAAUUCUCAGUCCGGACCUGAUAGUCAGUAAGGGCCACACAGUACAGUCAGUAAGAGGCCACACAGUAAGUCAGUAAGGGGCCACACAGUACAGUCAGUAAGGGGCCACACAGUAUAGUUAGUAAGGGCCACACAGUACAGUCAGUAAGGGGCCACACAGUAUAGUCAGUAAGGGGCCACACAGUAUAGUUAGUAAGGGCCACACAGUACAGUCAGUAAGGGGCCACACAGUAUAGUCAGUAAGGGGCCACACAGUAUAGUCAGUAAGGGCCACACAGUAUAGUCAGUAAGGGGCCACACAGUAUAGUCAGUAAGGGGCCACACAGUAUAGUCAGUAAGGGGCCACACAGUAGAGUUAGUAAAGGCCACACAGUACAGUCAGUAAGGGGCCACACAGUAGAGUUAGUAAAGGCCACACAGUACAGUCAGUAAGGGGCCACACAGUAUAGUUAGUAAGGGCCACACAGUACAGUCAGUAAGGGGCCACACAGUAUAGUCAGUAAGGGGCCACACAGUAUAGUCAGUAAGGGGCCACACAGUAUAGUCAGUAAGGGGCCACACAGUAUAGUCAGUAAGGGGCCACACAGUAGAGUUAGUAAAGGCCACACAGUACAGUCAGUAAGGGGCCACACAGUAGAGUUAGUAAAGGCCACACAGUACAGUCAGUAAGGGGCCACACAGUAUAGUCAGUAAGGGGCCAGUAAGACUAGUGGGAAGGGUGAAGGUUCCAGCAGGGAGGAGGUUAAUGGCCCUAUGUGCCCCCCUUCUCUGUGGGACAGGCUGGGGGAGGGGCUGUAAUGAAUAGACUCAUUGAGGAGGAGGAGGAGGAGGAGGAAGCACAGGGAAUGGGAGGAAGGAAAAGCUGAAACUGGGAGGAAGAGACGGGAACAGCCAGAGACGUGGACAGACUGACAGCCCAACGGGACUGAGUGUUAGCUACUGGGGCAAGUACUGGGGCACAGGGUAGAUUCAGAUUAUAUAGCACCCCCUUAUUGAACUUUCCCAAACUCCCUGCUCUCUUUCUCUAUAUAUAUAUAUAUAUCACCCCCUGAUUGUACUGUAACUCCCCGCUCCUUUUGUACAACUCCCUGCUCUCCCUGUAUAGCACUUUGUUUAACCCCAUGUUGUCCCUAGUACAGGAAUAUGCUGCUGUGUAUAGACUGGCAGUGCCCAUAGAGUGUGUAUGAAGGUGCAGGGAGUUGGCAGUACAGUCGGUGUAUGUGGAAGAAUCUAGGGGUGUUGGGAGGGGACAAGCUCCAGUUAUGGAGGGAUGAAACAUUUAUAAGCUGACAGUUGGCCAAGCUGUAGGUUGAGGGCUGGACACAGGGAGGCUGGGAUGUGGCAGUUGAGGGGUAGAGACAAGGCAGUGAGACAGAUAUUGGGGUACGCUGACUGCUAGGGGCGACUCUUGGCGUCUGGUGCCCCUCGAUUGCUGGGAAGACAUGGAGGACAAACUGUGGAUCUUAGAGGAUCUGAACAUGAUGUAUAUCCGACAGAUCGCCCUCAGUCUGCAGGACACAGACAUACAGAGGAGAAUAGACCAUGAGGUUCGUAUGAGGGAGGGGGCAGUGAAGCUGCUGGAGGUCUCGACUCAGAGGGAACAGGCUCUAGAGGCAGCAAAGAGUCUCCUGGUCUGUAACAGCCGAAUAAUGACUUAUAUGUCUGACCUCCAGCACCGCAAGGAGGAGCAGGUUCUGCAGCACAAUGCCCGCAGGUAUGUACCCCCUACUGUAAAUGAUAAGGAUAUUAGAAGUAUCCAAUGUCUUGUUCUGACACUAACCAAAGUGCUUUCUCUCUACAUCCCAAUAACUUGCCCUGGUACUAACCCAAUAGCUUUCUCUGUAGAUCCAAUGUCUUGUACUGGCACUAACUCAAGCACUUUGUCUCUAGAUACAAUGUCUAGUCCUGGCACUAACCUUAGAGCAUUCCCAACAUGUAGUAGUGGCAUUAACUCAAGAGUAUUCUCUCUAGAGUUGCAUCGCUGUGCCGUGUUCUGUGCGCUCCAGCUUCGUGGGGAGGUCUGUGACACAGAACUGGUCUUUGUGGAUCGAACUUCCACAGACAUCUGCUUUGAGAACCCCAUUGUAUUCUCUGAUGUGGAUCCUGGGUUUGACCUUCACCUUCAGUUAUACAGCUGCUCUGUGGAUGAGGAUUUCUCUCUCUCAGGGACCCCCAGAAGGUUGUCCACUAAACUGAAUAGUUCCCUUGGACGGUCAUCUGGGCGCAGGGUCCGAGCUGCUUUGGAUGGGACUCAAGGGAGCCCCUUUAGCAAUGGAGGAGGGGGACCAGUCUUACUUCCAACACCUAGUGUGCAAGGUCCCAAAUUUCAGCUCUUGGCUCACACUCGCCUGACGCUUGCCGACGUACAAGAUGGGUUCCGCACCCAUGAUCUGACCAUUAGUGGGACAGACGAGAGCUCUGGUUGGCUGCCUUUAUACGGGAGCGUUUGUUGUCGUCUCACUGCCCAGCCCGACUGCAUGAACCAGGAGAUGAUGUCUGGCUUCCUACAGAUACAGGCCCGGGAGCAGCACAGUUGGGAGCGGGUGUUUUGUGCUCUGCGUGGGUGCCGUCUGCUCUGUUUCCGUCAGCGUAAUAAAGUGGAUUCAGCAGCAGAACCAGAACUCACAAUAUCUGUUAAUAAGGAGACAAGGAUCCGGGCUUCAGACCGUGAUGGGCCAAGCCAGGUUCAUAGUCUGUCCAUCACUAACCGCUAUGGCUGCGAGGAGGUGACCCACACACUCAGGGCUGACAGCCGGGAGGACCUGCGGCUAUGGAUGGAGGCUUUUUGGCAGCACUUCUUUGACAUGAGUCAGUGGAAACAGUGCUGUGACGACCUGAUGAAGAUUGAAACUCCCAUCCCCAAGCGCACCCCACUUGCACUCACAAAGCAGCGCUCUCUCUACCAUGAGAUGGCUAUUGAAGGCCUUGGUCCAAUCCCUGAUCUUCUGUCCCAAAGAAUGAAAGAGUUUGAGCUGCAGAGGGGCCUGGACCCCCCACCCUGGACGUCCCUGUUCCCCAGCCCAAGUUGUGCCCUUCCCUCCAGCUCCUCAUCCUCAGAUUGUGACAGCCCCCCAAGCAGACCCCCCAGGACUCGCCCCCGGACACACUCUCUGGAUGCCAAACUGACUUCUCUGAAGGGCCGGCCAUUGAGGAGCUGUGAGGAGCAGAAGACCCCAGUCAGGAGUUCAGAGGCCCCCACAGCAGUCAGUCCAGGGCCACGGGGCUCUAACAGCAGUGGCAGCAGCACCCCAGAAUCUGAGUGGGGGGCCCAGAGCCGCAAGAGUGCCAGGAAUCUAAAAAGCAGGCUGGACCCUCGCAACUGGCUACAGAGUCAAGUGUAACUGUUCCUCUGGGGCGGAGACUCAUUCAGACUCCUCCCAUUAGCCUGUCUGACUUGCCAUGGAUUAAUGUUACAUAACCCAACUUGCUGUGCGGGGCCACAAGCUUCUACUAAUACGUUUAAUAUGUCUUUAUAUGAGCACAAACCCCUCCCACUGCAGGGUGACAAAGAUCAAAGUGGGAAGUCCCAAGUUUGGACCCUCCCAUUGCAGGGUGUGGGGAACAAGUUAAUUGGCUGACUGUUGAACUGCAAAUAUGGGACUAAGAGCCAGCCCCUCCCACUGGAGGGUGACACAAAGGGGAACUAUAGAACAUGGGGUCUGCCCCUCCCACUGCAGGGUGACAGACAAAACUAGAGGCACCCCCCCCGUAACAGAAAUGAGAGGCCCAUGCCCCUCCUUCUUUAUGUUGUUUCCCUCCCACUAAUUACCAUUUCUGCCCAUGUGACCUGAUAUUAAUCCUCUCCUUGUCCUUUGCCAAAGCCAAGUUGGGACAAAGCAAUGAAUGAGCCUGUACCAAAAAUCUACUAAUGACUCUAAUUGCAAUAAAAUAUCUCUGUGUCUAUCUCA